AUGGCUACUCCGGCCGCUCUACCCCCGCUGCCCUUCAAUCCGGGUCGGGUUCGAUCCUACCUCGUGCGAUUGCCGCUGUUCACACGACUCGUUCUUCUGGUCAUACUUGCAUUCUGGUUGCUCGAGCUACAGACUAUCUGGAGUGUGGUGGAAUGGGGUGCUUUGAUCCCGGAUAAAAUCAACCUCGGAACCAUGUACCGACUGAACACCUAUCCCAUCAUUCAUACUGGCUUCUUCCAUGCAUUCCUGAAUACCUUGGCCUUGACACCCCUUUUGGAACGGUUCGAGGCGGAGCACGGCACGCUUACAUCAAUUGCCUUGUUUGUUGGACCGCUCUCUACCGUGCCGGCUGGACUUUACCUACUGAUUGAGAAGGUGAUUCUGCACCGCAACACCUCCGUCGUUGGAUCGAGCGUUUGGGUCUUUCUUCUUUUGGGUUCCGAGGCGAUCCGGACUUUCAAGUCUAACCCCUACUUCAGCCUGGGCCCGUACAAAAUCCCCACUUGGACAUCGCCUCUCUUGGCCUGCGCUGUCCUUUCCAUCCUGGUUUCAAACGUCAGCUUCCUCGGCCAUCUCUGUGCCAUCCUUGUUGGUUAUCUCUUCGGACUCGGUUAUCUGAAGGUCUUCGUGCCCCCAGAGAAGGUCCUUCGCUGGAUCGAGGGCAAGCUGAACCUCCUCGGAAGACUCCCACACUACGUGUCUGUCGACCAGAAGACCUACGGCCGAUACGGUGUUCUGCCCUCGAGCGCGGCCGGCUCCAGUGGAAACCAGGUGCCCAUGAGCUUUUUGGGCACUUCCCAGCGCCUCGGCGCAUGA